GGACAAGGAAAAAAAAUAUACCAUGACGAUUUUAGCUCAAUCAGAUAUCCGUUCAGCCAUGCAUUUCGCCACCGCUUUCCGCCACCCUUCCACCGGUUUCAACCUUUCUCGUGCUAUCAUUUUCCGUCAGUCUCCUCCGCUGCCGUUGCGGAGGUUGGCCAUCAGAGUCAAAGCCUUCUCAACCGACACCGACAAGAGCAGCAGCUCCACCGGUGCUUCGACCACCGGCGUCGGAAAGCUUCCUGAAAAGCCGCCGAUUUGCACCGCCGAUGAGCUUCACUAUGUAACCGUUAAGAAUUCUCAAUGGAGACUUGCUCUCUGGCGCUACUCUCCUCCCCCUCAGGCGCCAAGGAGGAAUCAUCCGUUGCUACUGUUGUCAGGUGUGGGGACUAAUGCAAUUGGAUAUGAUCUCUCCCCCGGGUCUUCAUUUGCCCGUUACAUGUGUGGGCAAGGAUUUGACACAUGGAUCCUUGAAGUUCGUGGUGCGGGUUUGAGCAUGCAGGAGUCAGAUGCCAAAGACAUUGAGAAGUCGGCUUAUGCUAUAUCUGAAGAAAUGGAAGCAGCUGCUGAGGGUGCAACUAAUGGUGCACCCUCUGCAGUGCAGAAGUCAACUGUUAACCAAAAUAAGUCAGCAGAAUCUAAGGUUUCUGCAGUUAAUGAAGAUGUUUUGGGGAUUCCUACAGCAUGGGAUGAAUCAAAAUUGGUGGCAAAACUAACAGAGACUUUUAUCAGUUUGUCAGAAAGAUUCUCUGGCUUUCUCAAUGAAAGUCAGUCAAGAAUUAUGUCUGCUAAAUUAUUUGAUCAGAUAUCUAAAUUAUUAGAAGAUUCUUUUCUAUUUGAACGCUAUAAUGAGGUAAGGGGGAAACUGUUGAAUUUACUAGAAACCAGAAAGAGUUCUGCAGUUGCUGGCCAAAUAAGAGAUUUAAGUCAGAAGCUAGUGAAUAUUGUAGAAGAGGGACAGCGUUCUGUUUCGCCUCAGUUAUAUGAUCUACAAGAGCGUCUUGCAACAACUAUAGAAGAUUUCCAGAAACAACUAGACUUGAUUGUCAAGUACGAUUGGGACUUUGAUCAUUACCUGGAAGAGGAUGUCCCUGUGGUGAUGGAAUAUAUAAGGGCCCAAAGUGGAUCUCGGGAUGGAAAAUUGCUUGCAAUUGGACAUUCGAUGGGGGGCAUCUUGUUGUAUGCCAUGCUAUCAAGAUGUGCCUUCGAGGGAAGGGAGUCUGGAUUGGCUGCUACUGUUACGUUGGCCUCUUCACUUGAUUACACAACUUCUAAGUCAUCGCUCAAACUACUACUACCCCUUGCUGAUCCCGCUCAGAUUCUAAAUGUGCCUGUCGUUCCAUUAGGAGCAUUACUUUCUGCUGCUUAUCCUCUCUCAUCUAGUCCUCCUUAUGUCUUGUCUUGGCUUGUGGAUCUGAUAUCAGCCCCAGACAUGAUGCAUCCAGAGUUGUUAAAGAAGUUAGUGUUGAACAACUUCUGCACAAUACCUGCUAAACUUCUGCUGCAACUGACGACUGCUUUUCGGGAGGGAGGACUACGUGAUAGAAGCGGUAAUUUUUUUUACAAGGAACAUCUUCAUAAGUGCGAUGUCCCUGUCUUAGCUAUUGCAGGAGAUCGUGACCUGAUUUGCCCGCCUGAAGCUGUUUAUGUGACCGUGAAACUGCUUCCUGAGAACUUGGUAAGCUACAAAGUAUUUGGGGAGCAGGAUGGCCAGCAUUAUGCUCAUUAUGACUUAGUAGGAGGAAGAACGGCCGCGGAAGAAGUCUAUCCGUGUAUAAUCGAAUUUUUAAGCCAUCAUGACUAAACCCCAAAAUUCUUUUGCCGGGCUGCAAUUGUCUUACUUCAUGGGUAUAAUGAACCUCUUGUACUCCUGUGUCGGCUGUAGUGUGCUUUGGUGAUGAUGAAAGAUUAAAAUUGCUGGUAAGUCUAUUAAGAAGCCGUACAAGUUUAUCUGCAACGGUAUUGAGUUAUACAUGUUUCUGAUACCAUUCCAUUGUCAAGAAUCUUAUUAGUGGUUCUUUUAUUAUAUAGGAAAUCCAUUGUUGUAGGUAUUUAGCUUAUGCUCAACCACUCUUGGAAGCCUGAGCAGAAGUCCUGGCUUCGAGUGGCAAUCUGUUGUUUCAUUUAUUCUGUAGUUAUUCUGUAUUUUUUUGCCUUCAUCCCUUCUUUUUUGUGGGGAUAAUGGGUCAUGAUGAGUAAAAACUUUACCUGGCAAUAAAAAAAAAUUGCAGGUUGAUUUAAUUUAUUGCUGAAACAAGUUAACAUGAUCUGUCUUUUGUAAAUUACCUGCUCGUCAUGUAUUGGGGAGAGUUGUGUUGCUGGAUGUGAUUUGAUUUGUACACAA